AUGGACUUCUGGGCCCGCUUGAUCGGCUCAGCGUACACGCCCAAGCCCUCUGCAACCAAAGCGGCCUCGAACGACCCAUCCGCGCGACUUGGACGUUUCAGACGUGUCUACAAGACAAUCCUCGAGCUAUGUGAACGACCACGGGACUUGGGCAGUGAGCGCCCAUUGCUGCACAACCUGCACCUCCACAUCGAGCGACUGGCAACAUUCCUCCGAGACGAAACACGAGCACCGGUGCCGCACGCUUGCCUGCACUUCGCGUCAGCCAACAAGAUAUAUGGAGCAGUUGCAAGAGCAGCCAUAGUCAGCCAGUAUGAGCCCAUCAUACGAUCCGCCGUCGCCGUCUUCGCUGCGUUGGUCGACAGCGAGGAGGAAGACUUUCUGGCAAGCGAGCAUUUCGCUAAGAGUCUUAUGAAACUUGUGCGGAAAGUGCUGGAGUCUGGCAAUGUGCUUGUUGAUACCGACACCGAGACGGCCAUCCUUGAGCUGCUGUUCACCAUAGCGGCGAAGAUACGCCUUCAGCCAGAGAUCCUGCCGGUCUGGUUCCAGUCGACUGCGAAGCCUGAGCUCGAAGAUGUCUUCAUCAAGGAGAAGAAGACGUUCGUCGGCAUCACUCAAAAAGACGACUUUCCUCUCUGCUAUCUCAUGAUCGACCGUGUUCACCACGAAGGUCGCAUUGGUGACUUCGCCAGGACCGGCUUGCUGUACGUCUUCGAAGCUACAGGUCGCUCCCUGGAUCUCGAAGAGUGGGUGGUGUCGAGCGACCUUGCAACCCUGAUGGCGUCUGGGUUGGGUGCACUUUACAGUCAACUCAGCCGUGAGCUCAGUAUACUGCAUCCUGACGCAUCGUUGCCUCCUGUACUUGCUAUGAGCGAUUACACGACAACACAUACGCGAGCGGCGGCAGAGUCAGCUUUCUCAGAAAGACAUCAGACUCACAUGGCAACAUUCCUCUCCUAUCUCGCUUUCUGGCAGGACGUUCUGGACCACUGUAGGAGCGAUGCUGUCAAGCAGACCUUGCUGGACCACUUUCAGAUCCUGUUCCUUCAGCAACUUCUGUACCCGUCACUUCUACAAUCGAGCGACACAGACGCCGGCAGUUCCAUCGCCGUGCUGACAUAUAUGACGACCAUCCUUGAGGCAUUGGAAUAUCCUGACUUGAUCCACAUGAUCAUGAACUACCUAUUAGCUGUUCAAGGGAGGGAUCAACUGGCCGUGCCCUCUGCGCCACAUACACCGGUUAGACCCAACUUGCCACGAUCACCCACUUCUGUCCGCCGGAGACAGAGUCUGAUGCUCCUGAGCACACCCAAAGAUGCCGAUGACGCUGUCGACCCCAAUCUUUUUAGUCUCGUCGAUCUUAUACUCAACAACAUCGCAUCCCGUAACGACCAAAGCGUGUUCGCUGCGCUCAGGUUGACCUCGGCCAUCAUCGCUCGCCAGAAACGAUAUGCUUUUGGAACCAUGCUAAAGGUGCAAAGAUGCAGGCCCAGCCAGCCAGUCAGGACAGUCGGAGCAUUAGACGAGGAGCUAGAGCAAUACUCAACCAUUGCGCUAUCCAUGCACCCUUCGCACGGCACCGAAGUGACGUAUGCUCGUCUGUGCGAAGACCUGCGCUACAGCAUUGAGGCCCAAGCACCUUAUCAGACUACAGUAUCUGACUCUGUGGAGCAGCAUAGCUCUGUUGGGAUAGGCACGUUUUACCUUACCAACGAGGAUCCACUGAUGCGAACCAUCAGAAGCCUGCUGAAAACCUUCUUCACGAACAGCAUCGACGUCAACCUGGCACUUACGCAAGCAAUCAUCGCCAUUGCGCAGUGCAUAGAGAUCAGGCUUGAUGGCUGGUGUGGACUAUCUGCGAGUGAUUGUCGUAUCGCAGACGAUGCUGCUCAAGUACAAAGAUCCUGGCAGGACUGUAUGGAUCCCGACGAAGGCCACAGGCUUGCCGGCUUGACGAAGGCAACCACUCCACCGGCCUGGACGAAUGACACUGCGCCAAUGCUGCACGUAGAGCUGCAAGUUCUUGCAACACAGCUCGAAACCGUGCGAAGCAAUGUUGCCAACCUGGAUCAGCUCCUGGCUGGUCGCAAAGUCAUGCUCCAAGCUGCAAGCUCGGAUGUCUCUGGAGACGCCACAAGCAUGGCGGAGGUUCAUACGCAGCUAUCGUCGAAUCUGGAAGUCUCGCAAGGUUCCAGAGGCCAUACGCGCAGCUCCAGCAAGUCUUCACAGCUUCGGGGUCGCAACAAGGCAAAUACCAUCUCUCCGCAAUCUCUAAGCUCGGCAAAUUCCAGGGCGGCCUCUCAGACGCCUUCACACGCCGGGCUCGUGGAAGCGAGCACGUCGCCACCUAGCAGCGACAUAUUCCGGCCUCCACCACCGGAAACGCCUUCCACCACGGAUGUCUUGAUGCAGAAGAUCGAGUUUCCAGGCACCGGACCCUCGAGUAGGGUCACGAACGAGGGUGAAACAAUACCGGAGAGGUCGGCCAGCUUGAACCACGUUCUCACCAAUGUGGCGGUACUACAGGAGUUUGUUUUAGAACUUGUUGCCGUGAUACAGGUGCGCGCAGCGGUACUCGGAGAUGGAGAGGUCAGCGUGGUGUGA